AUGAGACGAAUCGUGCGGCUCCUCUUCAACUGGAUCCUGCCGUUUCUUCUGUUUCGCCUGACCCAGGUUGAAAGCAAAUCCUUGAUAGAAAAGGUGACCUCGAAGGGAGACCUAGAUUUAGUCCUACUCUUCGAUGUAGGCUUCAAAGAGAACAAGGAAAAGAAGCGCUCCAAGGCUUUGGAAAAUAUCGCAGAGUUGGCGAAGAAUCUCCUUGUGGAAGAAGCGCGCAGGGUGAAUCUGACCUAUGUGACAUAUGACAGCAUGAAGCAGUCACAGCAGAGUUCCAACCAUCUGAAGGCUCUCAACUAUGUAGGCAUAAAACACUUUUAUGACGCAAAUGAUACUUCUACCAAAAUGAUAAUAAUGUUUAUCCAUACGGAAGGAAUUCCAGCAAGAGACGACACAGAAUUAAAUUUAGUGCACUAUCUAUUAGAUAGAAAAAAUAUUACAUUAAAUAUUUUAACCAAGGUGAAUCUAAAAUCUUUUUGUCAUUAUUUACAUAAAGUUGGUCCAAAUACAAACGAGUUACUUAGAUGUGUAUUAAAAAAUUCUUAUUACCAUAGAUUGAUAUUAACAUACACUUUAGAAAAAUACUACGAUGAUAUUGCUACGAAUGCUACAUGUAGUGAAUGGUCUGAAUGGUCUGACUGUUCUGUAACAUGUAAUAUGGGUUACCAUUUCAGUAAGAGAAAUACAUUAGAUAAUGUUGAAAAUGCUUUAGGAGGGAAAUACAAAAGGACAGGAAAGAACUGCAUAGAUCAAAGAAGUCUUGUAAUUCAAGAAUGCUUCAACAGAAGCUGUGAUCACUCUUUAGAUGUAUGCGAUAUAGAGAUAGAUCUAUCUCUCUUAAUUAAUGACUCAUCUAAUAUAUCUCAAGACUUUUGGCUAAAAUAUAUUUUGAAACCCAUCAGAAAUCUCCUAGCUCAUUUAAAUUUAAGUUCAAAAUUGGUUAAUAUAUCUGUAAGUACUUUUUCUGAGAAGACCUACAACUGGAUUGACUUUUCUUCCAACUUAUCUCGAAAUAGAGAUCAGCUUCUCCUUUUUUUAGAAUAUUGGAGAUUUAAUUUUGGUGGCUCAUCGAAUAAUUUGAGAAGUGCGUUAAGUUAUAUGCAUAACCAUGUUCUCAAUAGCAAUCAGGGAAGACCCAAUGCUCAUAAGGUCCUUGUCAUUUUGAACACAGGUGAUGUGAGCAACAAGGCAGCCAAGGGGGCGGAAGAAAUCAUUCGCAAUAUUAAACUGAUAUAUGCUGCUGAUGUUUAUGCCAUUUGCUUGAACAACACUAAGGGGGGCAACUGCGAGGCGAUCAGCGGGGUUAGCGGCGUCAGCGGGGUUAGCGGGGUUAGCGGGGUCAGCGGGGCCAGCGGGGGCGCGGACGAAGUCGACCAGGCGGGUAUUGCCAAUCAAAACGAAGCUAGCAACUCCUCCGUUGUGGAUGCACCCUUCUUCUACACCUUCAGCAACGUGUCCGAUUUCAGGGAGCAGCUCACCGACAUACAGAAGAACAUUUGCAAAAAUGCGCACCAGGCCAUCGUCGCGGGCAAGCGCCGAAGGAGAAAGAACCUGAGGCGGGCGGACGACGCUGGGGAGAAGAGCGGACGGCGCGGGCGCAGCGGAGACCCGCAGCCAGAAGGGGAGGGCGAGGACGGGGCGGAAGACGAGGAAGCAAAAGAGGCAGCGACAGGGGAAGAGGAAGAGGCAGAAGAAGCGAUAGAAGAAGCGAUAGAAGAAGCGAUAGAAGAAGCGAUAGAAGGUGCCGAGGGGGAGGAACUCGAACCGGAAGUGGCGCCCAGGGCAGACUCAGACGCAGACACAGAUGGAGCAGCAGAGUUAGAAGCAAAAUCGAUAGUGGAGCCAGGUGCAGACGCGGCGUCCGAAUCCGUCGCAGAACCCUCAGCGGAACCCUCAGCGGAACCCUCAGCAGAACCCUCAGCGGAACCCCAAACCGGGCAGAAAGCAGCCCAGCGAGUUGAGCCAAACGUAGAAGCAGAGUCGCUGACUCGAAGAGGAUUCGAUGCAGCACCACGCGAACCCCCGAAGGAGAUCGGAAAAGUAGCGCAGAAGCUGCACGGAGACAACCCGACCAAGAGAAUACCCCUUUACAAUCUCAGUAAGGGAGGAAGCCUAAAAGGGUUGAACAAAAAUAGAGUCAUUCUAAAUUCAAUUACCAACCUGGAUAGAAUAGAUGAUGCAGAAGAGGAGGAGGUAGACGCAGAACCCACUCAGAACCCGUUAAAGAAAUACUCCUCAGAGUACAACAUAGAUGCAUUGCCAUCAUAUAAAAAUAAAGGAAAAAAAAACUUAAUCUGUCGACUGUUGAAAUUUUUAUUCAGGAAAAAAAGAAAAUAUAGGUUACAAAAAAUUGAUCCCAAGGACAAGGAAAGGAUAAAGCAGUUUAUAGCAGAUGUAAGAGAGUUGAGCGACUCGGAAGAGACAUAUCACCAAAGGGAGAAACAAAUAGAAGACGAUUUUAACGUCAUGAUAGAAAGUAUAUUUAAAAAUGAUGGCAGUUCUCCUUUCGGUGACUUUGAUUCUGCGAGUGUGUCUAGCUACGGCUCACAUUUGGAGGACGAGGAUGAGCUGGGGUUGGAGCUGGGGUUGGACCUGGGGCUGGAUCUGGAGAGUACGCUGCCCUGCAGCUGGUUCUACAUUGAUGCGGCGCAGAUGAACGUGGACUACCUGGCAAAGGGGGGAGAUGCUGCCGACGAGGAUGGUCUGUCUGAUGCGGAUACCGCCGAUGACUCCAGUGCUGACUCCGGCGCUGGCUCCAGCGUUGACCUGGACGACGAUUCCGAUGGAGAGAAGGCCACUCCUGCCGAAACGGGAAGGAGCAUUCACGACGACGUCUACAUAGCUGACAUACUGGUGAAGGAGGGAGGCUUUGAUACUAGAGAAGUGAGAAAGUUGAAAAGGAGGAAGAGGUCCAUCGAUCAGGCACAGGGACACGCAGAGGGACAUGGACAGGGAGAGGCCCAGCCACAGGGAGAGGCCCAGCCACAUGGAGAGGCCCGGGCACAGGGACAAUCCACGCAGAACGAAGAAAAUCACGCGGCGAAAAAUAAAGCUGCAGAUGGAAGCGCAGAGAGCAAAGGGGCAGAAGCAUUUCUUCCUGACAGUCCUGGUGAGGAGAAAAAGGGUCAAUAUGAUAAGAAGGAAGAAGCAGAACACGCUGGGGAGGGUGCAAGGGUACCAUCUACUCCUCCCACGCCGCCCCCCACUUCGAAUCCCACUUCGAAUCCCACUCCGCCUCCCACGCAACCUCUCUCGGCAAACGCAAGCAGACCACACCCCCAGAAAAAAUUCAAAUCCAAGUUCGACAUAAUUCAGCGUUUCAAAAAUAUGGCAGCCGUGGUGGACGACAAAAUAGGUGUCAGCUUCGAUGAAAAGAAUUACCCACCCCCAGCAAGCAACGAAGAGAAACGAAAAGUUAGCCAUAUGGAAGAACCUACAGAAGGGAAGAAGAAAGAUGAUCCAUCAUCUGUAGAUAUAGCCAACAGUUUUCAACGAAGGAACUGUUCCAAAGAGUCCAGUAAGCCAUGUGAUCAAGGCGGGGUAGUCCCUCCACCUUCCUCAACGAAUUAUAAGAAAAACGGAACUCAGGCACAUGCAGAAGAAGAAGCACAUGCACAUGCAGAAGCACAUGCACAUGCAGAAGCACAUGAACAAGCACAAGACCCGAAUGCGCAGGUGCAGUACGGCCUCCUUCAGCAAAAGAAUUCGAGCAGUGAGUGGGAAAUAGGAAACUACGACACCGUUGAGGAAGAAGAGUACGUAAACUCGAAUAUAUAUAAAUAUGCGGCUUCCUUCGCUCUAGUCACAGUCGUCCUUAUAGGCGCCGCCUUUCUGUACAUACGCAGUCAGAAGAACCUUAUGGAGCCUGUCCCUGUGGCCUUUAAUGACUUUGCAACCGACAACGUGGCGAAGAAGCUGGAGUGUCGGGAGCAACAUAUUGAAUUAAAGCCAGAAGAGGCGUCUUGGCAGUAG